UAAUUAGAUAACCUAAGCGGAUAAUGUAUUGAUACGACGAUCUAAUGUUAUAAAAUUGAAAAUAAUUGUCAUUUGAAGUAUAAUCUGGAAACAACCAACAUGUUUCGAGUUUUAACUGUGUUUUUAUUGAUCAGCGUAGUUUACGCUAAGCAUGAGAUCUAUGAGGGAGCAUCUGUUUACGAGUUUGAAGUCGAAAAUGAAACCCAAUCUAAAAUUGUAUAUUAUAUGCUACAAGACCAACUAGGCCUGGACAUUUGGUCGCACCCUGGACCGUCGCGGUCCGGUAUGGUCCUUGUUCCCAAGAACUCUAAGGAGGAAUUUGCUUACAAACUUAAACUAGCUGGCAUCAAGUUCCGAGCCACUGUUGACAACGUCAAAGAACAGUUGGACAUAGAAGAACGUCUUUUGGCCGCUGCCUCCAGUAGAAUCUCCUCGGAGAGUAGUUCUAAAGCUGCUCUCACACUCGACAGAGUAUACAGAUGGAAAGAAAUUGAAGAAUAUAUGGUGCGCUUGGCGCGGAAUUAUCCCGACAAAGUGACCCUUAUGAACGGUGGCACGAGCUUCGAAGGAAGGCCUAUCAACUACCUGCGUAUAUCCACUACCAACUUCCAGGAUCCCAACAAACCAGUAGUGUUCGUGCAAUCCCUACUCCACAGUCGCGAGUGGAUCGGUCAGGCCGCCACACUGUAUGCCAUAGAGAAACUUGUGGUCAACAACACUGACAGCGACCUCAUCAAUGACAUCGACUGGAUCAUCUUGCCCACAGCCAACCCCGAUGGCUACAUAUAUAGCCAUAACUCUGACCGUUUCUGGAGGAAGAACCGUAAAACGGGGUUUUUAAUAGAUAAUCGUUGUGUGGGCGUCGAUCUGAACAGGAACUAUGACUAUGCUUGGGGCACCGAAUCGAGCGAUGAAGUUUGUGAAGACACAUUCCAUGGUUCAGGGCCAUUCUCAGAACCAGAAACUGCUGUCACUAAGAAUAUCCUGGAUGAACACAAAGACCGCAUAGAAAUGUUCCUGGACAUUCACAGUUACGGAAGCUAUGUCCUGUACCCCUAUGGAAUUGGCGAGCUGCCACCCAACGCUCUAGACUUGAAUUUGGUUGGUGUGUUAAUUGGAAACGCUAUUGAUGCAGUAAAAUUGAGUGCCAAUAAAAAUUAUACGGUUGGCAAUAGCGGGCUACUGCUGUACCUUAGUUCAGGGAGCUCGGAUGACUACGCCCGUAAAGUGGGUAUUCCUUACUCAUACUGCCUGGAGCUGCCCGCUUUUAGGGGUAGUUCAUCGAUUACCGGGUUCUUGGUGGACCCUGAGUUUAUAGCGCAGGCUGGCUACGAGACCUGGGAAGGGAUCAAGGCUGGCGCGCGUUAUGUUCUAGACAGUUACAAGAUGAGGAGAUGAACGCAAUAAUCUGUAUCGAUGGAUUUAUAUUUAUAGCCUUGACUACCUCUACUAUUACAGUGAUAUCUUCUGAUUUUGUUUUAUGUUAUGUACAUGUUUAUUCAUAAAAAAUAAUAAAGUGUUUUAGGUUAUUGCACAAAAACGUUUUUCAUUUGUACUUAAAUCAGGACACAGUAAAUAAUAAUAAUCCAUUUAUAGAUUUCUUCAUUAUUACUUUGGUAUAAUCAUCAAUAUCAACUGAUAAAUAAAUAAUCUGCCACAGC